GCGUGCGCUCCCAGCGUCGGCGCGGGGAGGCCCGCGGGCGGUGCGCUCCCUCCCCAGCGGCGGCGGGAAGAGCGCGGGCGGGGCAGCCGCGGCGAGCCGGGCUCAGGGAGGGCGGAGGGCGGAGGGCGGAGCGCAGCGAGUGCCGGGCGGCCGAGCGACCCCACGAGCGGGAGCGGCCGCGUCCCCUUCGCGCGCCCUCGCGCCGCGCCUCCUGCCCCAGCCGGCGGGGCGGCCCAGCGGCGGAGGCGGCCCGGAGGCGGCCGGCGGGGGCUCAGCAUCGGGCCGGGGCCGGGGGGGCGCCGGGGCCGGGGGGCGGCGCUCCGGCCCGGCCCGGCCCCGCCCGAUGUCCAUGAGCGCGAACACCAUGAUCUUCAUGAUUCUGGGGGCGUCGAUCGUGAUGGCCAUCGCGUGCUUGAUGGACAUGAACGCGCUGCUGGACCGCUUCCACAACUACAUCCUCCCGCACCUGCGGGGCGAGGACCGCGUCUGCCACUGCAAUUGUGGCCGGCACCACAUCCACUACGUGAUCCCGUACGAUGGGGACCAGUCGGUGGUGGACGCUUCCGAAAACUACUUUGUGACAGACAACGUCACCAAGCAGGAGAUCGAUCUCAUGCUGGGGCUGCUGCUGGGCUUCUGCAUCAGCUGGUUCUUGGUGUGGAUGGACGGCGUCCUGCACUGCGCCGUGCGUGCCUGGAGGGCAGGACGGCGCUACGACGGCUCGUGGACCUGGCUGCCCAAGCUGUGCAGCCUGCGGGAGUUGGGCCGGCGGCCGCCGCGGCCCUUCGAGGAAGCGGCGGGGAACAUGGUGCACGUGAAGCAGAAGCUCUACCACAACGGCCACCCGAGUCCGCGGCACCUGUGAGCGCAGGACUGGCGGGCCAGCCGCGCCUGCGCGGGACUGGACGGCCGCCUGGGGCGGGGCGCCGGGCCGGGCGGCCCCGCGGAAGGUGCUGUCUCAUCUUUUUAUAAAAAGGGCCGGGCAGGGCGGGCGGCCAGGAUGUGGAGGAUGCCUAGCCAGGCUCUGCCUGGGGAGCUGAGAGAGCUGCAGGGCCGAGCCAGGCGGCCGGCCGCACCGUCUACACACGGGAGCAUGUGCAUGUGGCGUGUGCGUCCGGGCUGCGGGUUGGGGCGGGGCGGGGCCAGCCGGCAGCAAUAAGGCCCCAGCUGUGGUCAGUGUGGCCACCUUGCCCGGGGCAUCCACAGCCGGGCGCCCCACUGUGACCCCCACCCCUGCUGGUCAGUAAAUUCUACAGAAAGCCCGCA